UAUACUCCCCCUCUCUUCUUCCGACGCCAGUGAAAUUUGCAAAAAGCGAGUGCAAAAUUAUUAAGAAUUUUGCCAUUAUUUCGCUGGAGAGCUUAAACUAGAGUAAUUUUCCUCUGGCGUCGUAGCCGCCGUUGAACAAGUUGGGUUGAAAAGUGCAAAAGACUGGCACAACUCCAAAGUGGAGUUGGAAAACUUGUGAACUGUGGACCAAAAUAAACGCGAACGCACUUUGGUAAAAGGGAAAAGCAAGUUCCCGCAAAUGCUACAGCAUUAAUGGUGUGGUUCUGAGACAACGCGGCUGGCGUCCGACAGCGAUGGAUAAGAGUAAAUCACCUAUACGUCGAGCCAAACGCCAAUCAAAAGUGGAGGAGAACUUUUGGGACUGCAGCGUAUGCACUUUUCGGAAUACGGCUGAAGCAUUUAAAUGUUCAAUGUGCGACGUACGCAAAGUAUACUCUGUUCCAGGGACUUCCACGCGAAAGCCACGGCUCAAUUCAGCACUAGCAGCACAGCAGGCUGCUACUCAGGCCUUUCCUAGUGCGUCUGGCCAGCCAACAGGAUCUAAAUUGCCGGGCAAUACGAAAUCGUCCCGAACCAAGAGCAAACGAUCAAAGCAUCCAGCCAGAUUAAAAAACAUUGACCGGUCCAGUGGUCAAACGCGGGAAGUGACGGUCAACUCCGUUACCGUGAUCAUUACAGAGUAUAAACCAAAGCCUCCCCCCGUUAACCGAAACGAUUCUAGCGAAAGUUUUAGUGAAAGCAACGACUCUAGAAGCUAGAUUGUAUUCAAAAUAGCCAGUUUUCAUAAUGUACAGACAUCAUGUAAAGAAACCGAGCGAAAUGUAAGAACAUGAUAUCUGAGUAGAGGCAGAGAGCGAGGCAAACCGCGUUAUAGUGAAUCCUUUCCAACCAUUCACAAUUGAAGCGACUUAUCUAGGUGCCGGUCGGCGUCAACACGUCUUAGCUUGUUUGUACUUAUGUAAACUUCCUUCCGUAAACCGUUCUAUGAAUUCCCUCUUGAAAGAGGGAAUUUGAUGCUAGAAGUAUAUCAAAUUUAAGUAAGGAAUGACGUAAACAAGGGUUUACUAAUCCCUUCACUUUUUUUUAGUAAAGACUGUUUCUGAUACGUUCGUAACGUUAGAAAGUAGGUAUGAUAGUAGAAGGUCAAUAAGGCAAUGUAAAAUAUAUAUAAAUAUACAAAUAUGAAAUGUUA